AUGGCUAAGUGCUUCUCGUGCCUUCUCUCUUGGUUUAUGUUCUUUUUGCUUGUGCUGCUACAGGUACAAACGGGGAGUGGGUCAAAUGCAACAUCGAUGGGUGUGAUAAAGCUGAGAGUAGGGGUACCCAAGACAGAUGGUUUCCCCGAAUUUGUGAACGUAGUUUGGGACUCUCAUGAAAAAAAGUACAACGUAUCUGGAUUUUGCAUGGAUGUUUUCAAUGCCGUUGUAAACCUCUUACCUUUCAAGGUUUCUCUUGAUGUUGAACCAUAUGCUAUUGAAUCAAGUGAGAGUGCUGGAACAUACGAUUCACUUGUCCAACAAAUCCCAACAAAGUACGAUGUUGUGGUAGGGGAUGUAACAAUCGUGGCAAACCGUUCAAAAUACGUAGAUUUCACACUACCAUAUACCGAAUCUGGGGUUACAAUGCUAGUCUCAGUUCAACAUGGGAGGCACCAAACCAUGUGGAUUUUUGUUAGACCAUUCAGCUGGGAUCUUUGGUUGAGCAUAAUCUUGAUCUCUACGUUCAUAGGGGUUGUCAUACUCAUCAUGGAAAGAAAUGUAAAUGCCCUGCCUGAUCAAGAGGGUUCGCCAAAUCGAAGAACGCUCAGUGCUGUAACCAUCUUAUGGUUUCCAAUUUCACAAGCUAUCCUUCCAGAAAGACAAGUAGUCGCCAAGAACUGCUCGAGAUUUGUGUUGAUGGUUUGGCUUCUAUUGGCGUUCGUCCUCAUGCAAAGUUACACCGCAAACUUGACAUCUAUAUUGACAUUGGAUCAGCUACGACCCAGUUUUCUCAACGUGAAUGAUCUAAUAAAAGGGGGUUAUUAUGUUGGAUAUCAAACCGGGUCUUUCGUUUAUGAUCUAUUGGUACAGCAAUUGAAGUUUAACCCAUCCAAGCUGAGGGCAUAUAGCAACAUUUCUGACUAUCAUCAUGCUUUAAAAAUUGGAAGCCAAGGUGGAGGUGUUGCUGCUAUAUUCGAUGAAGUGCCCUGCCUUAAAGUCUACCUUCGAAAAUUCGGAUCCGAUUACAUCAUGACUGGCCCCACCUAUAGAACUGAUGGCUUUGGUUUUGCAUUCCCUUUGAACUCGAAUCUCACGGCUCACUUUUCAAGAGCCAUCUUGAAUGUGACUGAAAGUGAUUUAAUGAAUAAGAUUGAGCAAAAAUAUUUUGGGACGAAUGAUAUUGGAGGACAAGACGAGUCUACGCAAAUGUCUUCCUCAACUCCAAGUCUCACUAUUCAUAGCUUUGCGGGGCUCUUCGUAAUCACAAGCAUUGCUACUUUAUUGACGUUACUUGUCUCUGAAACUGUGAUAUGGCAAAGGCCCAUUUUAAUGGCUAAAGCAUACAGUCAGAAGAUAUUGUUCCCUGGUACUCCACCUUCUACGGAAACACGUGUUCAUCCAAGUCACCAUUCACAAGAGGGAAUAGAAGCCGUUUAA